AUGCGAAGAGGACGACCAAGGAAGAAUCGCGGAGAAUCGCGUCAAAAGUACAGGAAGGUGUCGGCAGAAGACAGGGCUCGAAUUAUUGACUGCGCCCGAAGAAGGGGCGACCUAAAGCAGGUAGCAGCAGCUCUCGGCAUCAACAUCAAAACUGCGAGGUCCAUCGCACGGAGAGACAGGACCGUCUUGCAGAGCCGCGGAGGAUCAAAAAUAAAAUUUUCUGAGGUUGUACGCAAAGAACUGGAUUCUAUUGUUGACGAGUAUCUCGCAUUUACCCUAAACCAACUGAAAUGUGCCUUGCAAGGAAGGCGACCAGGCUUGGAGAUCAGUACUUGGUCCAUUGACAGACUGUUAGAUAGGCACAGUUACCCGAUAAAGCUUCUUACUCUCCAACCACAGGAUAGAAACACGACCGAUGUGAAAGAAACGAGAAAAACAUAUGCACAAAGGUUGCAGGUGAACGGACCUCAAGUGCUACGCUACUAUAUAGACGAAACGAACUUUAACGUCUGUUGUUCACGAAGCUUCGGCAGGUCCAAGCAAGGGGCGCCUGCUGUGGAGAAGAGAACAAGCACAAAGGGGGCGAAUAUAAACGUCGUCGCUUGUAUGUCAGCCAACGCCCUAUUCCUAUGGAGACUUGUAGAGCCCGUCAGUUGGCUCACCUUUAAUGAAUUUCUCCAAGAUGCAUUUCACACUGUCAUGCAACUUGAACCCGAAGCAAAUGCAGUUUUUAUAUUCGAUAACGCUCCAUGUCACAAGCAUUCGCAUGAAGCCCGUCUACAAGAAACGCACGUCACGAAAUAUUUGCCUCUGUGCAGUCCAUUCUUCAACCCUAUUGAAGAAAUGUUUGCAAAAUUUAAACUGUGCGUGAAGGCUUUUCUCGGCGAAAGAAGUGCCCAACUGCUAGAAACUCCUGCUGGCACCACAAAAAAGCAGCACAGAAAGGCUAUGCUGACCUCUGCUGCGCAAGAUGCCAUGCAAAAGGUCCUGCGUGUCGAUUGCACGGCCUACGACCGCGAUAAUUUUAAGUUUGUGUCGGCUGCUCUUGAAGGCAGCGAUAUGUGA